AUUGUUGCAAUUGAUUUUUCGUAAACAACAAAACGUCGGCGAAAAAAAAAGUAUCGCUUUUUGGAAAAUUUUGUUUGGUUCUAAUGCCAGCGAGUCCAAGCUCUUUUCAAAUUCAAUUAAAAACAAGUGGAAAACGCUGCAAUCUAAUUUAGUGUCGGUAAUUGAUCGGACGUGUUAACAACGCGUUCUUCUGCCUCAUUUGAUUUCGUUUCUCCAUAGUUUGAUUGACCAAUAAAAUCAAAAACGAAAAAAGAAAACAAAUCGCUUUCGCUUUCAUUUGCAUCGUUCUGUGCUGGAGUUCUGUGCAACAACAUGACGAAUCGUACGCAAAUCUCAUCGGAUAUACGGAGUCGCAUCAGAAUGUUUGAAAAUUGUGAACACCAGACAUCAGCAUCAUCGGCAUCUCCAUCUCCAUCAGCAUCGGCGAUAGACUUUGUCGACGGUCCAGCCAGUGGAGAUUUUAGACCGCAUAGCAGAACCGAAGUUGACGAGCUUGGAAACGGUUGUGAUAUCAAAGAGAAAUUAGCAACAAUGAUGAUGCCAACGCCACCACCACCUCCACCACCGGGAGUACAAACAGACGCCAAUGGCCUGAUAUUACCAAAGAAACUCAUAAAUCCCUGUCUAACGUCAACGGAUCGCAAACAACUGCAUCGAGAAUUAAAAUUCAAUACAAAAAUGGGCAUCAGUGUUCUAAAUCAGAAAACAGAACUGCAGCGUGCCUAUGAGAAACGGCAACAGCAUAACAUGGAACAGCAGCCUCCCUCACCCACCUACGGCCUUAAAAGUGAACUCAAUCGUGUGAUAAUGGAACGAGCUCAAAAGCAUGCACAAGCCCGCCUUCAAAAUCAGGAAAAUAAUGACGACGAUAAGCAGUACGUCAAUCCGGAAUAUCUGAAUGCGAGAGCAAAACUGCGGGCGGGACAAAGGACUGAAUUGAAAUAAAAUAAAAUAAAAUAAAAUAAAAUAAAAUAAACAGAAAAAAUUUAUGUUUUUAAGAAAAUUACACACCCACACAAACACAUACCUAAAUAUAUAUAGAAAAAGAAAACCCCCAAUUCCCAUACAAACACUAACGAAAAAAAAAAAACAAAACAAGGAGGGACUUCUCGAAAUUUAUUUUUUAUUCAAAUGAAAUUCAACAAAAAUAUUAUUUUUGCAAAAAAAAUUAUUUGGACAAUAAGACCAACAAAGAAAGAAAGGUCUUUGCCCCUGGAGUAACAUUUAAUUGUACCUAUAUCGAGAUAUAGGAAAUUUUCUUAGAUUAUAUUCUAUUCAAACAAAUUUGUAUGUAAAAUUUAUGUUUUUUUUUUUCAUUUAGUUUUAAUUUAAUUGCAAAAUCUUGUGAGUUGAGUGUUGAGUUUUUUGUCCUCCUUUUUUCUCUCUCUUCCACAUGUUUUUCUCUUUUUGUUUUUUUAAAGAAAAAAUCUACAUUACUUUGGUAAUUCCCUUCACUUCCGUUUGUAAGAAACAAAAAUAAAAGAAAUAAGUAAAGAAAAAUAUAUUAUUAUUAAUUAUAAUUAUUAUUUAAUUUUAGUUUAGUUUUAUAAAAAAGCAAAAAACAAAAAAUAUAAAUAAAAUGGAUGGAAAAUGGAUUUGAUAAUGUUAGCCUAUGGAAAAUAAAAAAAAUGUAAUGAAAUUUUCCCACAGCAAAGAUAUAAACCUGAUUUUCUUCGUCUUUAUAUUAUUAGUACACACAUAUAUAUUGUUCUUUGUCAAAUACAAAUACAUAUAGACUUACAUAUACAUACAAGAUAUUACUAUAAAAGAAAGAACACUUAAAUUAACAACAAAUAUGGAGAUAAACAAAUUUGGAGUUGAUUUUCUAAAAACUUAAAUCCCCUAAGAAAAUUUGACAUUCUGAUGAUUUUCGGAUGCAAAAUAAAACAAAAAUUAUGGAAAUUUCUCCCUUUCGCGUUAUGGAGGGAGUAGUUUAAGUUUGAAAAAAUCAAUCCAAAUUUGUUUGUAUCUUAAAAAAAUAAUUUUUGUAAUUUUUUAUUAUUUUUGAUUUAGAAUUUAUUUCCUCCAAUAUUUUCUUCAAAAUUCAAUUUGUAGUAUUCCAAAAUUAAUAUGUUCUUUUUUUCUUCGUGUUAUUUCCAAUAUUCUAUGUCAUAAUUAUUUUCCAUGUAUUUGAAGAUUUUUCAUAGAUUUAAGUUUAUUUUUCUUUGUUAAAUGUCAAUCAACGAAUUACACCGAGUUUAUUUUCAUUUUUUUU